AGUGAUAACCUAUAAUUCUUUAAAACUGUGGUCUGCAAAGUAGAGCAAACUGCAAAGUCGAAAAGCGUCAAACACUCAAACGACCUGUCCUGUCAGCGAGAGACGAGACACGAGAGUGGUCGGUUGAUUAUUAAGGUCUACUUAAAGUGUCGAAAGUUGUAAAAAUGUCCAUAGCGGCCGUUGAAGUAGGCGAAUUCGAGUUAUUGAACGCGAAGAAUUCAUGGAUAUCCAAGUCCUGUCUAAAAGAUAUUAAUAAAAUUGAAUGCCAACCAGUAUUACCUGUUAAAGACGAAAAAAAUGUUCUUGUGACUUCAGCACUACCAUAUGUCAACAAUGUUCCACAUCUUGGUAACAUAAUUGGUUGUGUUUUAUCUGCCGAUGUUUUUGCAAGAUAUUGUAGAUUGCGUGGUUGGAAUACAUUAUACAUUAGUGGUACUGAUGAAUAUGGUACUGCAACUGAAACAAAAGCAUUAGAAGAAAAAUUAACACCGCAAGAAAUCUGUGACAAGUAUUUCAAAAUUCAUAGUGAAAUAUAUAAGUGGUUCAAUAUUAGUUUUGAUCAUUUUGGUAGAACUACAUCACCGAAACAAACCGAAAUUGUUCAAGAAAUAUUUAAGGAAGUACACAAUAAUGGUUAUACUACUACUGCAUCUAUGGAACAACUUUUAUGUGAAAAUUGUGAUAGAUUUUUAGCUGAUCGAUUUGUUGAAGGAACAUGUCCUCUGUGUAAAUAUGAGGAUGCUAGAGGUGAUCAAUGUGAUGGUUGUGGACAUUUAAUAAAUGCUACUGAACUUAUAAAACCUAGAUGCAAGGUUUGUCAAAAAACACCAGUUGUACGUAGUUCUCAGCAACUCUUUUUGAAUUUACCCAAAGUUGAAGCUAAACUUAAUGAUUGGGUAGAUAAAUCUGGUGAUGAUUGGUCUUAUAAUGCUAAAGUGAUAACUAAGGCUUGGUUAAAAGAUGGUUUAAAGGAGAGAUGUAUAACGAGAGAUUUGAAAUGGGGAAUUCCUGUUCCACUUGAAGACUUCAAGUCAAAAGUGUUUUAUGUUUGGUUUGAUGCACCAAUUGGCUACAUGAGCAUGAGUGCUGUAUAUACUCCAGAAUGGCGUAAAUGGUGGCAACCAGAAGAUGAUACUAAAAUAACAUACUACCAAUUCAUGGCAAAAGAUAAUGUGCCUUUUCAUUCCGUCAUGUUUCCAGUAUGCCUAUUUUCUACUGAACGAAACUAUACAAUGGUCAAUCAUAUAAUGGCAACAGAAUAUUUAAACUAUGAAGAUGGUAAAUUUUCUAAGUCCCGUGGUAUUGGAGUAUUUGGAAAUGAUGCUCAAGAUACAGGGUUGCCUGCUGAUGUUUUUAGAUUUUACUUAUUGUUUGUCCGUCCUGAAUCACAAGAUAGUUCAUUUAGCUGGGCUGAUCUAGCUACUAAAAAUAAUUCUGAGUUGUUGAACAAUUUAGGAAACUUUUGUAACAGAGCUUUAUCGUUCUUAGAAAAGUUUUUUGAUUGUGUUAUUCCUGAAAUUCAAUUAGGAAAUGACGAACUCACUUUAUUAGCAUUAGUAACACGUGACCUCAAAGAAUACAUAAAUAUGUUGGAUAAAGCGAAACUUAGAGAUGGCUUACGACUCAUACUUUCAAUAUCUCGCCAUGGUAACCAAUACAUGCAAUUCCAAAAACCCUGGGUGUUAAUAAAAGGAUCAAAUGAAGAAAAAAUCAGAGCAGGUACAGUCAUUGGACUAAGUUGUAAUUUAGUUUGUUUACUAGCUGUCAUGUUACAACCUUAUAUGCCACAAACUGUUAAUAUAAUUGGAAAACAGUUGAACAUUGAUAUCUCUACAUUUUUAUUAAACAAUUUCGUAUCAGUUUUUUUGCCACCUGGACAUAAAAUUGGAAAACCAGCUCCAUUAUUUGAAAAAAUUGAUCCAUCAGUCGUCAAUCAAUUAAAAAGUCGCUUUGCUGGCAAACAGAAAUCACAGGAAAAAGAAUUAGUAAUGGCUGCUGGUUUGGACCUUAAACAAAUUACAACUGUAGAACAAAUGGAAGAAGCUAUUUUUAAACAAGGAGAUACAGUGCGACAAUUAAAGCAAAGCGGAGCUCAAAAAAGUGAGUGGGAACCGUAUGUCAAAACAUUAUUGGAGAUGAAGAAAAGCUUAGAACAAAUGAAAUUAGAUUCCAAUCCAAUAUCUAUUGAUGACUUAGAAGAAGAAAUUUCCAAACAAGGCGACAAGGUACGUAAACUAAAGGAAGCAAAAGUUGAAAAAAGUGAAUUACAACCUGAAAUUGAUUUACUGUUACAAUUGAAAUCUAAACUAUCUAUAUCAAAAGGUGUUCCAGUUGAAAACGGACAAAAAAAGAAACAAAAACCAACUAAAAAAUAAACUUGACUAUAACUUUCAAUAUGUUGAAUUUUGUUCCUUAAUACUACGAGAUAAGAUAAUAGUAAAGUACACAAUUUUUUCCAGUUCUGUAACAAAUCAAAUUUUUCCAAUUAAUUUUCAUUCCUAACUUUUAAUAUUUCUCUUUAAAAUAUAUUUAUUUUAUCCAACUAUAUUUAUUACAUAAAAAUUGUAUUCAUUAGUUGAAUAAUUGUCAUUUUUAAAAUCUGUAAAGAUCAUAUUAAAUAAAGAUAUCCAAUAUGCAAUAAAUUGUAUUUAUAAAUAAA